UUAUUUAAUUUUGCAGGCUUUAGGAGAAGAUACUGACUUUUCAACUGUCCAUACUAUGACGGUAAUUGAGAGAUUUUUAGAGAAUCGCAGCGAUGGAAUGAGGGAACGAUUAAUGAGGUAGCUAUUAAAUAGCCUACUCAACGUAAAAGUGUGUAUUAUAUAAUAUCUGGAAAGCAGAAGGGAAAACGCAAUGCCUCAUAAUAUAACAACCUCGUUCCAGGCUAUUGACCAGGCUAACAACCUCGUUCCAGGCUAUUAUAAACAGAAUAUUGACAAAUUACAGUUAAUUAAGAAAUGUGAUCACAUAGCACCUGUUCUUAAAGAAUUGGGAUGGCUAUCUGUUAAGAAUAUGUUAGAGAACAGGAAUGCUCAAAUUACUUAUAAAAUAAUUAAUGGUAGUGCACCACCAUAUUUGUGCAAUCUCUUUAAAAAACGGUCUGACGUGCUUAAUCGUUACACUCGUAAUUGUAAAGAUCUUAAUAUCCCAAAAUGCAGAACAAGUUUGGCCCAAAGAUCAUUCAGGUAUAGAGCUACAAAAAUUUGGAACAAUAUUCCGGAUAAGAUAAGAGACAGUCAAACAAUAACUAUUUUUAAAAGGGAAGUCAUGAACUGGUUACAUACCAAAUCUUAACAAUCUUAAUUCUAGCCGAUAGUCUAUAGUAUUUAAUUAUUGAUAUAUUUGUAAAUAGGUAAUUUAACUACGUCAUUUGAGAAUUGUAAUGUAUUUGUAAUUGUAUUUUAUUGUAAGUGUAAUUGUAAUUGUAUUUUUUGAGUAUUUGAUUAUUCUCGUGGGAGACGAACACGUAUGGGAUUUCUUAAAAAGAACUCGAUAUUAAACUAUUUAGGAAAAAAAAUUGCAUUAAUUAGAGAACGUUUUCGUCAAAGACCGUUUUCAGUGUAGCGUUUUUUUUAUGCCAAACUGAAGAAGGCCUUAACCGAAACUUUUAAUUAAUACGCUUUUUUAGUUUUGACAUCAGUCAGUGUGGGAUUUGUAAGAGUCCCCUCCAAGACCCUGUUGAAAUGCCAUGUGAGCAUAUAUGCUGUAUGCCUUGCGCAAAUGGUUGGUUUCAGGACCAAAACGUAUGUCCCGUAUGCACGAAAGAAGUUGGUGGCGACUUCAAAGUUAAAAUCAGUGAAAAAUGCAGGUAAAGUGGAUUACUGGAUUUUUUCUUUAUUGUUAUUGCAAUACGAUCAUUUACUAUCAUAUCUCUGAGCCCUAUUAAUAGCCAGCUGGUCGAUCAUUCCCUCGUGUGCGCUGUAAAUUGCCUCUGCCCUGGCUGGGAAAAAUGCUAGCUUUCCUGCACACCAUUGACAAAGCGGCGCCCUUCAAAGGACGAGCCAUGUUAUCGAAACCUCCCAACCAAGUCCUGGGGCUCAAACUAUUUACGCCUCCACUGUUGACUGGCUUUCAUGCACCGACAGUUAACUAUCAUGGUGUACAUUUUUAACUUAUAAUUUUCGUUGAACGUGAUUUCAGUUUUUGUGGUUCAAUAUAUUUUUAUUUUUGUGUCAAUUUAAAGUGCACAUGAGACGAACUUUUUCCUCUAUUUAUGCAUCACUUGAAAAGAUCUUGAAAAUUAUGAAGGAUGACCUUAAUAAUUUAUUCAUUGCUCCGUUCCUCUCCAAGUUAUCGGACAUUUUGUAAUUUGUGUUAUUAGGCCACUGCACUGUUAAUUUUAAGAGGUUAACAAUAUAUCUCCAAGUAGAGUUAUUUUAAACCAAAUGUAGAGUAAUAUUUGGUUCUAAAUAACUCCACCGGAGUUUAAUUAACUCCCUGAAAUUAACAGUCUUGUUUUGCUUAAGAUGGCAGAAAAAAGUCCAAUAUCUCUGAAGUGAUCAAUAAAAUUAAACGAAAUUUGGCACAGUUGGUACGCACACCUAAUGAACAUUUUGAAAUGUUUAUGUAGUUGUCAUAGAAGCACACUAGUUACCAGUUCUCCCUCUUCUUUUAAUACUGUCUCCUGUAGACACAUUGGAAUGAAAGUUUCGUUUUCUGGAAUAGUUUAUAUUCAGCACGGCAACAAUGAGAACAGAAAUAUAAAUGCAAAUCACAAAAUUCCUUCAAAGAAUUAGGGAAAAAAAGGAAAGAGAAACCUGGUGACUAGUGUGUUGUAUGACAACUGCAUAGACAUUCCAAAAUGUUUGCUUAGGUGCACUUACCACGAACUGCACUAAAUUUCAUUUAAUUUCAUUAAAACUCUUUACCGACAGAUCCCAAUUACAUAGAACGUCCACGUUCUAUGACUUUGCUGGUUCAUAUCUUCGGUUCGGUGCAUGGUAUGAAGACAAAUGUACCACCAUUCGAUUCAGUGGAAACUUUUGACGUUAUCCGGCUACCGGUGCUCCUUAUUAUUGGCCAUACAUUGUGUGUGUCGCGCGCGCGCGCGCGAGUAAAACCCGAUAUUUUGAAAAAUUCAAAAUAAAUAUUUCUAUUCGCCGUAUUCAAACAAAACUUUCUACACGGCCUUUGAGAAAAUAACGAAAAGUUUAGGAGAUAUUCAAAUUAUUUUCUCUAAAUGAAAUUGAGAAUGUUUGGCCUAGAGUGAGUAAAUGUAUGAUUGUUUUGGUUUGUGUAAUGCUUUGACGGCAUUUGACCUCCCGUUCGAUAGGUUAUUUUGUGAGGAUUUCAUUGCUGCUUUUGUUUUAAAGGGGCUGUGAUAUUCGUGAAUACUCACUGAGAUCAGGGCCGUUGCUAGGGCUUUGCCCGGAGGGGGAGUUACCGAAUUUUGCAACUUAGCGUUUUUACCUGAUUUUGCGACGCCUGCGAGGCGCCACCAUGGUUGGUGCCGAGCACAAGUUUUUGAAAAUUUAAAGUCUCUAUAGACCGUCGGAAAUGGCAUUUUUAGAGUCCUACCCAAUAUCUCAAUAUUUUACUAUUGCCUAACAAUGAAGAUAAGUAUUGUUACUUACAGUUCAAUGAGAGUAUGUGACUAUUGGAAAAUUGAGAAAAUUUUGGAAGUUUGGAGUCUCCAGAUCGUCAGAAGGGUAUUUGGCCAUGUCCCCCCUGCCACGACGGCGGUAGGUAUUUUUCACGUUAAGCCCUUCGAGUUAAGCUCCAGCGGUAAAGGGCGUUUCAGGGGCUUAACUCGAAGGGCUUAACUCGAAAAAUAUCUACCCCCGUCGUGGCAGGGGGAACAUGGCCAAAUAUGGCCAAAUAUCCUUUCUGACGAUCUGGAGACUCCAAAUUUCCAAAAUUUUCUCAAUUUUCCGAUAGUUACAUACUCACAUUGAACUGUAAGUAACAAUACUUAUAUGCAUUGUUAGGCAAUAUGAACAUAAGGUUGUUUUAGUACUUCGAGUUAAGCCACGGGCCUUAACUCGAAGUCAAUUAACGAUUUAAGCAUUCGAUUAAAGCAUUCGAAACGCGCGUAUAUACUCGCAAAAAUAUUGACAAAUAAGGAGGGAAAAUGUAAAAUUUCAGCAAUUUUAAGAAAUAUGUUUUACUAAGAUCUCUCUCUGUUGCUUUGCCUACAGUUUUAUAGAGACAAUGAUAUCGUAAAAUGAGAGAACUCAAUAAGGAAUUGUAAAGAACAGCUCAUUAAGGGCAGCAAUCACGGCUUUAAAAAAUAAAUCAUAUAUAGCGGCACUUGCCGAACGCAAAUCUUAGGCAUGUUUAUAUGGAGGUGAGCUACGUUUCUAAGGGAAGCCUCACAUAUCGAUUUUGUCCACGAGAAACGUCAUAUGUUCGUUUGGGGGUGGGAGUUUACAGCUGUGACGUUUCUCUGUAAAACAUUAAGGAAAAAUUCGAUACUGUUUUCGAAAGCCUUAACAUUUCGGAAUCAUCUUUGCAGAAUAUAAAAACGAAAACAACUUGAUACAAACAACAAUCCAUACAUUCGUAAUACCAUACCUGUUCUAUACUUUUAUAUUAUUACGCCUUUCUUGCAUUGAAAACACUCAAAUUUCAAUAAAACCCGCUAAAGUUGUCAAUAUUUCAGGCAAAAAAAUUUUUUAGAGAAACGUUGGAAAUUUUGAAGUUUAUAUAUUAUUAUUAUUAAACAAUCAUAUGUCAGCAGCAGAUGACGGCUGAGCGGAAGCAUCGCCAAUAGCCGACCGCAGAAAAUAGUAGAAAAUUACCUUAUGUGUACUAUAAGAACAAAAUAUCGAUAACUACAGUAUGUGUGACGUUUGUAAGGGGGGGGAGGGGGUUGGAGGGUUCUCCAGAGAAACGUCCAUAUGACGUCUUUCAUGGGUAAAAUCGAUAUGUGAGUCAGAAUCGAUAGGUAAUAGGUAAAUAAAUUAUAUUUCAUAAAAUUGCUGAAAUUUUACAUUUUCGCGAUCCCUUUUUAUUUGCCAGUAUUUUGCGAGUAUACACGCGUCACUUGUUUACAUAAAUUUUUAAUUGACUUCGAGUUAAGCCCCGAGGUUUAACUCAAAGUAAUAAAACAACCUUAUGUUCAUCGAGUUAAGCCCCCGUAAAAAAGGGCGUGGCUGGGGCUUAACUCGAAAAGGGCUUAACUCCAAGGGCGGAACUCGUAAAAUACCUACCCCGCCACAACGCGCAUCGACGUCUUUAGUUGGUCGAUUGGUUACUCUAAUUCUGAUUCAGAGCAUAGAGUUCACUUUUUUAUGCCCUGAGAAUAUUACCUGAAUUUACCUGAAAAUCUGCCUGAAAUUGCUCAUGAGCAAUUAUAGGGGGGUGUUACAGCCAGCUCGCUCCCCCCCCCCCCGGUCGCUACGGCCCUGGCUGAGAUUUUUACAUUCGAAACAAUUGUAAUAUUGUAAUUGAGAUUUGCCGGUAAGGAGUUUUAAAUCACUUCUGAGAUAUUAGAUUUUCUUUCAUUUGCUGCCAUCUUAAACACAACCAGUGACGUCAUAACAGCAAAUACAAAAUGCUCAAAAACUUGGGAAUGUGAUGAGAUGUGAAUAAAUUGUUAAAGUAUUCUUCAUUAUUGUCAAGAUGUAUUCAAGUGAUGCAUAAGAAAUGGGGGGGGGGGGAUUUCGUAUUAUAAUGCACACUUUAAAACUAGAAAAUACAUGCAUGCAGAAACCCUGCCUUAGUGAAAAAGUUAUUAUAUUUUCCGAACAUGAAGUAUUUAAAGUAGUUGUCAUGGUAACGAGAUAGUUUUAUGAAGAAUAUUUUUAUAAUUGAAAAAUCCCCUAAAAAUAUUACUUUUAUUUACAAAACUAUCAAUUUCUCAAACAUAUCUAUGUUAAGUAUAUUAUUAUGCCUAAUAUACUUCAAUUCAAUGUAAAAUUCAACCACUUUAUAUAACUAAACUUAACCUUUAUCUAUAAACUUUGAGUUUGAAAUAAAAUGAUUUUAACUUCUCGCAUGCAAAUUACUUUGCUUUUUUUUUAUUUUAAAAUUUUAAUAGAAUAAAAAAGAGUAAUCAAUGAAAUAUAUUUGCAAGAAAUCAAUAAAUGUUUGCUAUUUCGCUGUCGUCUGUCGUCAUGCAGUUGUUAGAAUGCAAAUUUUAAAUUGGUGAAGUGUUCGCUGUCAGUGACGAUGACCACCUACGCACAGUAACCCACGCCCGCGAUGAUUGAUAAACUUGUCUAAUGCUUCUUUUCCCCGGGGGUAAAUAGCCGGCCGGAAUUAGUACUUUUGCCCCGGGCUUACGUCGUUGUGCUUGGGGAUUAAAUUGUACCAGAAAUAAAUAUUAACAUUUUUUAAAAUAAAAUUCUUAAUGCGGAUUCGCAUGAAGAAUUUCUACAUUUUGGGGGGCUAAUGUAAUACAGCAGCAGGAAACGUAAUUAAGUUCUGAAAUGUGAUUUAUUGCAAUUCUUUUAUUUUUGUUUUUUUCUUUCUUACCUGACGUUUAUAGCAUGCUAACAUUAGGUUUUAAUUUUCUUUUAAAGCCAUGCUCUUGAGAUCUACAACAGUUUUCGUAACCGCUGCAAGUCAUUUUUCAUGGAGCUUGUGUCGGUGUAUUGCUUUGGAGAGCAGUUGCCAAAUCCAGAUCUAGUUCGAAAAUUUAUUGGCUACGUGAUCAGGGACGAAAAAAGAACUGAAGAUUUUACACCGUUUGGUGGACAAAGAAUUGAUGUCACGCCUGUUAUCAGAUCUUAUAUUUUACAGCAACUUCUAGUAGUAAAGGGGAGGUAUGUUGUUAACACUUGUUGGUUGAACUCCUAUAGAUACGUAAUUUAAAUUAGCUCUACACUCCCACUCUCCUUUAAACAAUUUCCUGACAUAUUUUUUAAAUUUCGCCCAUUCCACUCUAAACUCAAAUCCUCUCCUGAACGUUGAGAUCAGUGACAUGACCAACAAAUUAACCAUAAAAAAUAGCCAUGCGCCCGCGAUCAUUGAUCAAAUUUUUAACCGUUAACUCUCCUUUUUUCUGGUUGCGCAUAGCCGAUCGGAAUUAGUAUUCCCACGCGCCGUUGGCUCCGGGAGGUAACCCGGGGUAGCGAUCAAGAUUGUCAAAGGUCAUUUUUUUAGUCCGACCUAUAUUUCUUAAUAAAUUAAUCCAAAUAUUACGAACAUAUUUUUCAGAGAAAAGGAAGUAUACAAACAUUUAGAAGAAUACCUUCACGGUGCCAGGGGUUUAGCAGAACAAAGAGAACAUUUAAUUGAAGUUUGCGUAUUGUGUGUACAGUGUAUGGAGGUAUAUCCAGAUAAAUUAUAUACUUUGUACGUAUAGAAAUAAUAUAGAUUAUAAUAUAUUAGUGUACACUUAAAGUGUAUAUGACUGAUGAAAUUUUUUAUUUUCUCAAAUGAAAGAACUCUUGAAGCUGUAGCUUGCAACCAACAUCACGUCAUAAAUUAGCGGACAUAUUCACACUCAUUUACAUAUCAAACAAAUUGAAAUAUCUCAGGAACAAACAUAAAAAUAAGAAACUGAAAAAUAAGUUACACUACAGCUUAAAGAGUUCUUUCAUUUGAGAAAAUAAGAAAUUUCAUGUCAUAUACACUUUAAGAUUCAAUUUUAAACGUUAACCCAUUUUUGUGCACCCAACAAUAACACUGGGAACAAGUUAAGUUAAUGAUAUUUAUAUUUAUAUGUACUUCCCUGUGCACAGAAACACCUUGCAAAAUGCCGCUUAAAUCUACAUUCGAGUUCAGCAUCUGACUUUGUUAAUUAGAGUUUCGUCGUCAACAUCAAAUACUGCAGAACCGUUAAUUGCACUCAGAGUUGCACCUGCUAAUAUAAGGAUAUUUAACACAGCGACGUCUGCAUUCACAUUCUCUCUGAUAAGUUCAAUUGAUCUAUGUCCGCUUCGUUUCAUAAACAUUGCUGCUUCACAAUGUAUGCUUCGUUGGUAUUUGCGGCCGUUCUGUUAUCUGUAGCUCUCUCAACAUCGCGUUCUGCAACAAACGAGAACGCUUCUCCACCAUGCCCUUCGACUUCUCCAAAAUCGAACAACAACACUUUGUCAAAUUAAUCUACCUCAUAUUUAUACACACCUACACUCAUGCAUUCAAAAUGUCUUUGUUCUCAAGCGAGUUUUAAACAAUUAAAACUAAUUGGAUUUAUGAAAUUUAGCUUCAUCAAACAAAUUUCACUGAAACGUUUUUCUUUAAUUAGUAUUGAUUUCUUUACCUAGGACGUGGAAACAGUGAAAUUAUUAAAAGCGAAGAAAGGUGGCGAAAACACACAAAUCUUUUUGGCAAGCAAAGAACUGGAAAGAACGUUACGUACUAUUCAUGUUCACCAAAACUCAGUGAAUGUCGAUUGUCUUAGAGAUAUCGCUGGAAUAAGGGCUGCACUGGAUGUUCUUUCUACAUAUUUAGGGGAAGACUUUGUCAAAAAUUUUAAGUGUUUAAAAGACCUUCCAAAGUGCCUUGAAACAGCAAAAGACCUGUGUAGUAAUUCAAAUCGAUUUGUUUUGCAGUUGUUUCUAUUGAAACAGUUAGUUCGCCAUGACCCCAAUGGGUUCAAUGCUGUUAAAGAAAGAUGUAAAAGAAAUGAACUUAAAUGGAUUAUGCCGCCACAGUCGGAGGUAAUACCAAAACUGUUACUCCUCUAACGGUCUAGUCUUUAACGGCCCUGAGUAUACUUUUGUUUAUAAAUACUAUAAAACAUGAGCAGCUGAUCACAUGCACUAUUCAUUUGAAUGCAGUGCAUGCAUGGAAAUUCCUAAAACUAUCAGUCGUGUAGAUUCGUAAAUGAUCGUGUGUUUUUACGCUAAUCUAGCAUUUAUCUAUAGAGUACUCUGUUUAGGCAGUCCUAUAUGAUGUCAUGUAGUCACUGUGGAAACAUUUGCCUGCCGAAACUGAUUGCACGGAUAUGUUUCUGUAAGAUAUCCGUACGUUAAGGUGUUAUCAAUACACCAAUAUGUUUACGAAAUUCUGUAUGACAUCUGUACCUUAUUAAGGUAUUGUGAAAAAUGACAGUUUCAUUUAGGUGGUUGUACAACACGGUUGCUAAAAUUUUCCUACUUUAAAAUAACUUUGGCGUAUACCAAAAAAUAAACGUAAAUACUCAGGUAAGAAUGUGCUUCUCAGUCACCAAACGCUAAACUCAUUAUUAAUUUACAUUCAUAAGCCAGGUUUUGACGUUUAGUAGAGCAGAAUUUAUUCCUCCGAUAAAGCCCUAUACGAAUAUACAUGCAAAUGCAUGAAUGUCUAUAAUUAUGCUACCGGAAAGCAUUUUAUUAGAAAAUUAUCAAUGAAUCUCUGCAUGUUCUCUGAUGCUUAGAAUACCUGAUUUACUGUCUCUCCGACCAAACGUGCAGAGCAAGUAUAUCUGUUUCUGGUGUUUUUCUAGGAGCAAGAUAAGACUCCAGACAUCUUUCUCGUUCAUCAUGAGAAUUAUCACACUGUGCGGGAAGCUGUUGGCAAAGCAAUACUUACAUCUAACAUCGAUGACUUAAAUGUAGUCAUUCAAGUGAGUUAUGUUUGUAGAUUGGAUCCAUGCAUAGGUUGCUCUUGAUCAUAGUUAUCAGAAACCAUACCUGCUUCUGCAAUAGAAUAUUUCAGCAAAAUACUUCAACUUUCUCCUUUACCAACGGUAAGGUUAUUUUCGAAGGUGACCACAACCAUCGAUGCUAUGUUUGUUUAUUCAACAAAUUACGCUGGCCAAGGGCAAGAUUGCGAAGUGUAUCCUGGCGUUUAAGAGAACUCAGAAUCUGGCACAAUCUUAUUUAAUGAACUGUGUUUAGUUAAAUAUUGAAGUGCACAUUAGAUCAACUGUACAGAUACGGUACUUUAGAUUUUGUUUGUUCUAAUUUAGACAAUUUUAAACUGAAGGAAGGGGGUGGGAUUUUACGCUAUGUAACGAUUCGAUUUUACGAAUGUCAAUAAUGUAAGCCGUUUGCUGCAUGUGACUACGAAAAGUGCCUAGAAAACGAUUUUUAUUUAGCAUGUCUUGGAACUGACAUAUUUUUACGGGAACUAACACUUUCGAACACGCUGAGUUCAAAUCCGAAGAAUUUCCGCUCCGUAGGCCCGCAGUUUUCUCACAAACUGCUAUUUUAUCUCCACUAAUUUCAGGCAAAAUUUUAUCAUUGUUCAACGACAAGGUUAGAUGAAGACACACGAUUGCAUAACUCAAAAUGACUAAUUCCUAAUAUUAACCAGUCUCGACAUUUAAUAAAAAGACCGUUUUUCUUGGGUCAUUUUCAGUUAUGUAAUUUUACGCGCGUUGGACGUAAACAACAUAUCUUGUCUACAACUCGGCUCUAUCUCUAUAAAAUCACAAGGGCGUUAAUAUUAAGUAUUUGUAUGGGCUAUAUUUCUGGGCUGAGAAAUAGUUCCUUAAGACCCUGUCACACUAUUGCGUAUGAGAGAAACGUAUGAGAAGCGUAUGAAAAUUAACGAAAUAAUUUUCAUACGCACAAAAAUCCUUUGAAAAUGCCAGCGUAUGAGUACCGUAGGCCUACAUCUGACGUACCUCUAGCGUAUUUAGCGUGUGCCUAGAGUAUGCUUAUCGUAUAAAGCAUACGUCCAAUACGCACAAAAUUUUUGAACAUGCUUAAAAAUAAUUUUCUGCCUCGCCGUGCCAGCGUAUGCCACCGUACGCGACCGUGCUUGAAUCGUAUACAACAUAUGCCUAACGUUACCCCUAGCGUAUGUCAGCGUAUACCGGCGUAUGAGUGAUAUUUUUCAUACGCUGGCAUACGCUAGUACGAUACGCAAUAGUGUGACAGGACCUUUACAUGCGAUCAAUAAAUGUUUUAUACAACGAUGUAAAAUGGUAAUCCCGUGUAAUGGUCAGCAUUUAAAUUUCCAACACAUUUUCUGAGACGUAAUUCGAGAGGUAUAUAGCUUAUCAUUGCAUUUGAACUAUUAUAUCAGUUCGUGUUAUUCUGUGUGAUAAGCGAAUAUUAUUGGAAAGAGGGCUUCCAUAUAUAGCUACUUUGAAAUCACCAAAUAAACAGCUCGUGCACACAUUUUUCCACUUCGUCGUAAGUUUACAGAGCAGAUUUUAUCACUUUGGCACCGACCUUUGUUUUUGAUGUGAGCAUUUAUUCCUUCUUUUAGUUUAAGGUUAUUUUAGAUUGAUCCUGUCGUAAAUCUUUUACCAGCAACCCAUCGACAAUAUUUCAUUUUAGCGUUGUUUUUGCCGUUACGUUGGCUUUGUGUUACUAUUGUUUUAAAUACCUUGAUCGCGUUAAAAGAGUUAUUUUUCAGGUUAGUGACAUAGCCAUAAGAUUUAGCAUUAACGUACUUGUGAUUUUAUAGAGACAUUGCUAAAACUAAGGAUUUUAGAAAGCGUUAUAUGUACAAGAUAUGUUGUUUACGUCCAACAUGUAUAAGAUUAUACAUAAUUCAAAAUAAUUCCAGCAAAACGGUCUCUUGUUAAAAGGAAGACUGGUUAAUAGAAAUUGCUCCUUUUGAGUGACAUAAUCGUAUGUCGUUAUCGAUCCGUGUCGUUGAACAAUGAAAAAAAUUGUUGUGAAAUUAGUGAAGAUAAAAUAGCAGUUUGUGGAGAAAACUACGGGUCUACGGAGCGGGAACUUUUCGGAUUUGAACUCAGCGUGCUUGAAAGUGUUAUUUCCCGUAAAAAUAUUUCAAUUCCAAGACAUACUAAAUGAAAGUGAACGAUAUCGAGACGCAGCAAACGGCCUAAUGGAUCUCGUCGCCUCUUGAAAUUAGAAAUUUAAAUCGUUUCUUAUCACAUCAAGAGUUACUAAUUAACAAUUAUUCGCCGAAGGCGAGGUGAUUAUCGGUGAAUAAAAACCGAGACGAAGUCGAGGUUUUUAUUCACGAUAAUCACCGAGCCUGAGGUGAAUAAUUGUUUUAGUAUAAUUUCAUAGGUGAUUAUUUGGAAAAAAAUAAAAAAAUGCACAUUUCUUUGUCUUUUAAUUGACAAAACGGCUUCGGCCGCCAUUUUGAAAAUCGCUUAGGUGAUUAUCGCGUAAUAAUCACCUCAACGGUAACCAAUCAGCGUGGAGAAUUUUCAAUAAUCACCUAUGUAAUUAUACUAAAUCAUUUUAAUCGGUAGGUUCGCUAUCUUCUAAAUAAUUUAUGUACUGUAUAUAUAUACUUGACAUAUUUCCUGAAAUUUUAUUCCUUUUAUUGUAUUAUCUGUAUUAGUUAUCUGGCCACAAGUCUAUUUUAAUCACCUCGUGCACUUUUUUAUUUAUCUGACUUUAAUUUCAUUGUGAAUAUUAGCUACCACUGUAUCCUUUCCUUGAGUUAGGAAAGUGGUUAUUUUCUUGUAGUUUUUAAUUACAAUAAAAUAUGUAUUUUACAGGAUUUACAAGCUCAACCACCCGCACGUUCUUGUUAUGUUUUACUGGCUCUGUUUCGUGAAAUAACGACAAGGUUCGCACUUACGAACAAGGAAGAUAGAAGUCCUGAUGGGGUAAGUUGA